AUGACUCUGGCUCGUCCCAAGAGAAAAGCUGCCGGCAACAAGAAUUACCUGGAUGCCAUUCCAGAAGCCAUGAUUGAAGAGAUUGUGGAAAAGCCGCCGCUGUCGCCCCGAAAUUCCUCUAAAAAGCGCAACUCGACAGCGGCAUCGUCUAAGUCGACGUCUCCAGGCUCCGUGACCCCGAAACCACAAUCUGGAGGGAAGGUUCCUUACAAUUGGCAGCCACCGAUCUCCAAUUCCGAUAUCUUCUCCAACAAGCUCAAUUUGGCUGGAGCAUUCGUGGAUAUGAGGACUCAACUGCUUACAUGCCCUGAGCAGCUUCUUGAACCCUUUUACCUGACAGAAGAGGACGAACUCAAGCAUCUUGGAACUUUGAUUAAUCAAGUUACGGGCCACAUUCCCAAGACCAGAAAAAAGCUGCGUGUGACUUCUUUCCAGUUGAAAAAAGGUGACUAUAUUUACAUGGUCAGCGAGCCCCCGGGGGAACCCUAUUAUGUGGGUCGCAUCAUGGGGUUCAAGCGUAAAGUGAAGGGAGAAUCCGACAGAAAGUCUGAAAUCGAGGAUGCCAAAAACUAUGUAUUCGAGAUCCAGUGGUUUUACAGACCUCGAGACAUCUCCAAGAACACCAGUGAUUCUCGGUUGCUUUUUGCUUCCAUGCACAGCGAUACAUGCCCACUUUCAAGUUUCCGUGGUAGAGUGAUGGUGAAGCAUCGUCUGGAUGUAGAAGCGUUCUAUACGCCACCUACUGACCAGACAAAAUAUACCACGGCUGUUGAGUACUACAGCUCAUUUCCCAACUGUUUCUACUUUGACAAGCUUUUCGACCGCUAUAUGAUAAAAUUCUACGACAUCAUCAAGACGUCCACGCUACUCUGCUACGUGGACAACGCUGCCAACAACUCCAAGCAUUACCUUUUAGCAUUGAACAAGAGAUUUGAGUUUGUCUUCAUGGAAGCCUCCAGAACAAAGCAGUUCAUUAAUAAUUUUCAUUCCACAUCCAGCUCGCACUGUGAUAUCUGUGCUGAAUGGUGCUCAUCCAGUGAUUCCGUGGCUUGUGGUGGAUGUGCCAAGCACUUCCACAUGCUCUGUCUAGAUCCGCCGCUUCUAAAAAAACCUAGUCGAGGCUUCAGUUGGUCUUGUGCCGCUUGUACCAAGAAACACGAGAUCGAACAUCAGAGCAAGAAAAUCCUCAUGUUGGCUCACGAUAAUAGAACUACCAAUGAGCAAGAGAUUCUGGAGAUUCUGGAAAUCAGCGAGUCGUUGUCUCCAAAAGAUGAUCUCCCUGAACGGAAAUCCCCCGAAGCCAUUCUCCCCAAGUUUGAGUGUGCAGCUACUGAAUUUUUGCAGAACGAUGCAGAUUUGUCGGUUGAGGACCGCCGUCUACAAGAGGAGUGGAGUCUCCGCUACCUUGGUAUCCACACUCGACUCGAAGAUGCCGUAGAUCUAGACGAUAGAUCUCCAUACCCUCGAGCUUGCACUAAUUUAGGAGCCAAGUAUCAGGCACUGAACAUCCCGGAAUUUGAAGAUCAUCCGAUUGUAUAUUACGAUCUUCAGUCGAACACUGUCAGUUCGAGCAAAGCGAAAAAGGGACCUGGUGGUCGCAAAAUCACAAAAAGAGCUACUGUCGAAGAAGACACAAAAAAGCUUCCGGUUCCCCAAGAAUAUGAGGGUGUCUCACCGAAAGAGUUCCCACAAUGGCUUCAGCCACGUCCAAAAGGUUACAUGGAGAGAGGAGUGGACGAUGGUGAUGGUCAAACUUGUACAUUAAUGUGGAAACCCCGAGAAGAGGACAAAGCUGAGGAUUUCAAGACGUUAGACUCUUACAUUGAAAAGUGCAAGCCUAUUGCAGAGCGACUCGAGAUGUCUCCGAAUUCUCCAAACUUUAUGGAUGCCAUCGUCAAGUAUUACAAUGACAAUGGUGGGAAUGUGGAUAUAGCAUUUGCCUUGGCUGAUAAACUCACAAGAAGUUCAUUGAGAGAGCCCACGCUUAGUAAGGAGGAGAUAAAGAGAUUUGAGGCUGGUAUCAAGAAGUACGGAAGUGAGUUAUAUCCGACAUUCAAAGAAGUGAAGACUCAGCCCUGUCCCAUGGUGGUGCGUUAUUACUACCUUUGGAAGAAGACCAAAAAGGGCCGUCAAAUUUGGGGAAGUUUUCCAGGAAGAAAGCGGAAGUCUCAGAAAGAUGGCAAGUCCGAAAUGAAAGUCUUGCCGGCUGUGGACGAAUUUGCUGAUAGCGACGAUGAUUCCGCAUACGAGAACGAAAAAAUCAUCAAGCACCAGAAGUUGUUCCGCUGUAAACAUUGCAAGUCUUACCAGUCGCAGUACUGGUUCAAAAUUACUGGAUUUGAUGGCACCACGAAAUAUGAAGAGUCUGCUCAAGCUGAUGACAUUGACCCAGAAACAGUCACUGCAUUAUGUUGCAGAUGUGCUAAACUUUGGAGACGUUACGCUGUUUACUGGGAAGAUCCAUUUGAGGUGGAGAGAAAGAAUGCCAGAGGUAUUGGAGGAUACAAGAAGAAAGUUGAAUCUGAGUUAGUGGCAGACGCCGAACGUAUUUUGAAGUUAGCUGAGGCCGAUGGUGGGAAUUUGAGUUACGAUUCCAACAAGCAAAAUUGUUCAUCUAGUGUGAUUCUUCCAUCUAAUACGAAACUGGGUCCCGGAACCACUGAUUUUUUCACCAGAACAGAAUUUGUUGCUCCUCCUCCACCUCAAAAGAAGAGGGCACCAAAAACUCCUGCAAAGACUCCAAAGUCCACUGCCAAGGCAACACCGAAAUCAGCAAGCAAGGAAUCGCCUACCACGGCAAGAUUAACAUCCAGGCAACUCUCAAUUUCAUCGAAGCAGGAGGAAGAAAAGAAGGAGGAUCCCAGGGAGGUCUCUGUCAAUGGUACUUCGAGAAAGAGAAAGAUUGCUGAGAAUGGAACCACCAUAGUGAAAACAGAAAAGGUAGAGAAGGUACCUCCGCCUGCUAAGAAGCCAAGACUGGCAGCUAAAAAAACUACGAAAUCCACAAAGAAUACUUCAAACACAGAGUCUACGACAACGACGAAGAGAAAGAGGAAGACUCCGGACCACACAGAAAAACCCGCCGCACUUGAACACACCGCUACUAAAUCAACUGCUCCAAAGCGGCAAAAGAAGAAUAGCCAGGAGUUUUUCUUUCUAAAUCCCAUUUUGAAUCCAAACUAUCGAAGUUCGGUUCCGAAGUCUCCUGGUGGAAAAGAUGCCCCACAAUUUGCUAAAUUGAACCACAACGUUCUUGAGCACAUAGUUUGCAACUUCAAACUUCGACAACUCUCCGACUUAAGACAGAUAGCGUAUUCUGUUUCGAAUCCUCUCAAGAUGGAUCUACCAUUCUACACCUUUGAAAGAGAUUGCUGUAUUUGUCUUGAGCAUGAUGACAGAGCCGAGUCGAUCCAGGAGAUGCUAAUCUGUUCGAAUUGUGGAGUUAAUGUCCAUGCCUCUUGUGCUGGAAUCGCUUUACUCGGUAAGCUGAGACCCAUCAUGCAAUGGAUGUGUGAACCUUGUGUGAAUGACUUAAGUCCUCAAUAUUCUACCACUUACCUGUGUUGUGUUUGUCUUGCCAAUGAGCAACAUACGGAGAUGUCAAUUCUAGGAUCACCAAAGGCCAGACCAGAUUACUUGAUGCCUGUUAUGGAGAAUAUGAAAUGGUGCCAUUUACUUUGUGCCCUCUUCACCUACAACGAAACUUCGUUCAGAAACGUGAACUCUCCACCGUUUUUUGCGAAAGACACCACUCAUGCCUUCUAUUGGAGACCCAUGACCGCUGUUAUUGAGAGUGUUUCAAAACUUUUCAUUGACAAUCGUGAGUCCCAUUGUGGAAUUUGCAACAUAGCCAACGGAGCCAUGAUCAAAUGUGAUAUGUGUGAUGAAUCAGAAACGAAGUAUCAUUUGACUUGUGCUCAAGACACUGCAAAAUACAAAUUAGGUUUCAAGUUGGUACCGCAAAAGGCAUCUAGAGCAGCAGGAAUUGCUUAUAUUGGAGAUCAACUGGGUAGGUUGGAGCCAAUCUUGGUCUGUCCGAAGCACGAGCUGAAAAAUACAGUUUACGAGUUGCGUUCAAUGGGCAGCCGCACACAAAGCAGCGAACAAAAGCCUCUCAUUAGCUUAUUUAUUGAGGAUUUGGUGAAGGCAAGCAUGUCGAAAUUGAGUGGCCCUCAAUUGAGGGCUUACAAUUACGUCACUAUGGUUGACAAGUAUAUGUUGCAACAGAAUCCGGUUCUGGAGGCUACUGAACAGAUAGAAGAUUCCAAACCAAAGAAAUAUUGUGAGGUUUGCUCCAUCAAAUCCUCACCAAAAUGGUGGCCCAUUGAAGGCUCGAAAGGAGUGCAAUGCCAAAACUGCUUUAAACUGGGAGAAGAUGAAAACCACGAAAUCACUGAGGGUGAGGGUGAUGUUCUUGCACGUGAACUCAAUGAGCCGCUUAGUGGGACUAAUUUUGGAAUCAGCGGCCCUUCAGAUCACAUUCGUCACGUAUACCAGCCUACAGAGUCAUAA